GAGUGAGAGGAGUUGAAAUAGGGCAGAGCAGGAGCGGAGCGCUGAGAGGAAACCUGCCGGAGGAGCUGAAGGAUGGCAAGUCGCUGCUGAGAGUUGGGACGCGCUACCCGUCGCUACGAACGCAGCUGCUGCUAAUACACCAGCCCAUAAUUAAUCUAACCCUUUAAACCCUGCUGGGCGGGAGGAGAGGAGUGGAACUAAAAGAGCGCAGUUUGUUCUCGUCGCAGCGAGGAAAUCUGUGGCACAUUUGCUCAAAUUUCCUUCCUUUCUGCCUUCUUGCCUCGGGAUACCACAGGUAGACACUCAUGGGCAACCUGGGUGUUUGGGCCGUGGCUGUGGCCGCUCUGCUGGGAACCUCAGGGUGCUGGCUGGCUGAAGGGCGCAAGAGCAGCAGACGAGGCAGCGUUGAUACAGCCACAAUGCCACGUACCUCCUCCCAGGAACCACACUCCAUGGAGAAGGGGAAAGCAGACGGGAACAUCGAUCAAUCCCUUUCUGAUCCAGACGGAGGUCCCUGUCGUAGGACUUACUGUGGACGCGGUCGACAGUGUGUGCUGAUGGCAGAAACUGGCCGUGCUGAGUGUGUUUGCCAGGAAAAAUGCCGGCCCUCCUUUGUGCCAGUUUGUGGCUCAGACGGCAGGUUCUACGAGAACCACUGUGAGGUUUACCGCACCGCCUGCCUGGAGAGAAGACGGAUCUAUGUGGUGCACAGCAAGGACUGCUUCUUCAAAGGCAAUGCGUGCACCAUGUCAGAGUACAACCGGCUGAAGAGCAUGCUGCUGGAUAUGCAACCAAAAGUGCUGAAAUCGGGAGAGCAGAGCCAGCAGAGAAAUAUGGAGGAGAAGAGAGCACUUGUGGACACCAUGUUUAAAUACCUGGAUGUGGACCAGGACGGCCGGCUGGUCAGUGAUGAGCUGGAAAAGAUCUCUAUGAAAGAGCACCUGGAGGACAGCCUGCUGGAGUGCACAAUGCAGGACCUGCUGCGCUACGACGACUACAACAACGAUGCACACCUCAGUCUGCAUGAGUUCUACACAGCUUUCCAGGUUGUCCAGUUGAGCCUGGCAGAGGACCAGUGGAUCAGUGUCUCCACGGUAACAGUGGGCCUCAGUGCCGUCCUUACCUGUGCCAUCCAGGGUACGCUGCGCCCACCAAUCAUCUGGAAGAGGAACGGCAUCAUACUUAACUUCUUGGACCUGGAGGAUAUUAACGACUUUGGGGAUGAUGGCUCCCUAUACAUCACCAAGGUGACAACCAUCCACAUGGGGAACUACAGUUGCCAUGCCUACGGCUAUGAAGACCUCUAUCAGACACAUGUGCUGCAGGUGAAUGUCCCUCCAGUGAUCCUGGUCUAUCCAGAGACGCAGGCCCAGGAGCCCGGCGUAUCUGCCAGCCUCCACUGCCACGCUGACGGCAUCCCAAAUCCCAAACUCCUCUGGCUGAAGAAUGGCAUGGACCUGCUGCCCAGAUCCUCCAAACAGCUCUCUCUCAUAGCAAAUGGUAGUGAGCUCUUUCUUGGCAGCGUCCGGUACGAGGACACCGGAGCCUAUACCUGCAUUGCCAAGAACGAGGUGGGAGUGGACGAGGAUAUUUCCUCUCUGUUUGUUGAAGACUCGGCCAAGAAGACCCUUGCAAACAUUCUGUGGAGAGAAGAAGGGUUGAGUGUGGGGAAUAUGUUCUAUGUGUUUUCUGAUGAGGGCAUCACUGUUCUUCAGCCAAGUGAAUGUGAGAUACGCAGACACAUGAAGCGGACAGAGAGAAUUGUUGCUACCUAUGAGGAGAUGUGCCCUAAAGGUGAGGGGGUGUCACCUCAGCACUGCGUGUGGUCCUCAGCAGUUAACAUCAGGGAUAAGUACAUCUACGUGACGCAGCCCCUCCUGAGCCGACUGCUGGUUGUCGAUAUUCAAGCACAGAAGGUGGUGCAGGCAGUAACAACAGAUCCAUUUCCAGUUAAGAUGCUCUAUGACAAGUCGCAUGACCAGGUGUGGGUCCUAACAUGGGGGGAUAUGGACAGAACACACCCAACCCUACAGGUCAUUCCUCAAGCCAGUGUGGGAGAAGUACAUCAUGCUAUCCGCACAACUUUCCAGAGGGUCAACGAUUUCUUCAUUCCUCCAACCAACCUCAUCAUCACCCACGUUAGGUUUGCCUUCGUCUUCCUCAAAAACGAACCUGCGGUACACAAGAUUGACCUGGAGACCCUCCACCGCGUCAAGACCAUCAGCCUGAAGAACUACAGCUGCAUACCGGUCAGCAUGGCCUACACACAUCUGAGCGGCUUCUACUUCGUCCAGUGCCAGAGCAAGAGUCACCUGCAAGCCCCGCCCCAGCUCCUCAUCGACAGCGUGACGGACGCAGUGAUUGGUCCAAAUCUAAACAUCACAGGGCAGCCGUUUGUGUCGCCGGAUGGCCGCUACAUUGUGACACCUGACCAGCAGAGCUCAAAGCUGAUAGUACAGACAGUGUCAUUCCAGGGAGAGCUGGGUCUGAACCAGGAACUGGGCGAGCCUGUAGCUGUCUCUGAUCUGGCUUUCCAGCCUUCCUUUACAGAGUCCAACCAGCACGUGGUAGUCGCCACCUCAGGCUCAGGCACGGACCUGCUAUUUGCCGAUCUGUCCUCAGGCGUCACUGAGGUUCUCCGGAGCCUCAAGGAGCCCCUGGACCCCCAAGCCUGGCCCUGGGGAGGCCCCAACAGAGUAGUGGUCUCCAGCGGUUUGUUCGGACAGUACCUGGUGACACCGUCAGCCGAGUCCCUGUUUGUCCUGAACGGCAAACAGAGAACGCCGCACUGCGAGGUGUCAGACAUCAAGAGAGGUAACACAGUUGUCUGGGUCGGUGAGGUAUGAGUAAACUAGAAAAAAAGAAAGCCGGAGACGUAGGAUUAGGGCCAGACGGAAAUGAAAGAUCAGGCUAAAUUACCUAAUAUAAAGAUUUAUGUGAACAUAAGUUGUGGACUCAACCCUGGGACUGAGCGAGAGGGAUACAUGCCUGGGUUUAUUGUAACAAAAGUACACUUAAAAAUAGAGUAAUUGAGAAAACAUAAAGAAACCCUGUUGUGAUAUUUCUGUUGGGAGAAAGUGUCAAUGCCGUUCAGUGCAACAGUGAUCUAUGUGCACUUAACUAUACAGAAUUGUACAUUAUUGCACUUCCUUCCAUGUUAUCACAGCAAAUAGGUACCUGAAGAGGGGUUAUUAACGAACUAUGAACUAUGCACAAUGCUCACUUUUUUUAGAGUAAAAAGCUUUCCGAUUUUGUUCAUCUCAACAAUGUUUGUCGUUUUCACCAGUGCUGCAUAUAAUCACCACAAACUGUCCGUCUGUCCUUAGUGUUGUGUGAUCUGAGUCCUUUUAAAAGCUACCAACCAACCCAUCCGUUUAUUCGCCUUUGUGAUGGUAUUGUACUGUAUCCUCCCUUUGAAAGCUUUCAUUCUCCUCAUGCCGGCAGAGGUUGGCUUUAUGCAUAAGUGUGUUACCCUCUGUUUAACAUUGUCUAUCCAAAGAGCCUGAUUGGUCCAUUAGUCGUCAAUGGAUGUUUCGCUCACAGAGGAAGCCUAAACAGAAAUGCCCAGUACAUCUUGUGGUCUCUUGCGAUGGUAUAAUCUAUCCCCCGCUGUCUCUCACAUUCAUUCUGUACCUGCAGCACACCUCUGUGCUGCAGAGCCUGAAAAUGCCACUUAGUAGAUUCCCUCAGGGUUAUAACUCCGGUUGACGCUGACCCCAUAUGCUGAGGCUGUGCCAACGUGUCAUCAACUCCACUAUCUGACUGGCUGUGAGCAUUUAUACUUCCUCCCAGAGAGCCAUGCAUCAAGAUCAAACUCCAAGGCAGGUAGACUAUACUUACCACGUGGUAGUUAUUCAGCUCCACUUAAAGGACCGUAACACAAUAUAUUUUUAUUGGUUUCUGUCUAGUCGGCGAACAAAACUUGUUUUUUUUUCCGGAUUUGUCAUAUGUAUCUGCAUAAGAACCACAUAUGCACAGGAAAUGAAUAUGCUGUAUCUUUAAACCUAGCAGCCUGUUUCAAAACUAGGGAUACUUUAUACAGAUAUUAAGCAAUAGGUGCUAUUUUAAACAUUAUUCCUUUUUCAGGAAUACGUAUUGAUUGUUAAAUUACUAAAAAAGAGGUUUCUUUGUCAUUAUUAUUCUAAAUUGUAUACCUACCUUUGAAAAACCCAGUAAUAGUCCAGUCUUAAGGCAUUAACCUAAUAAACACCAGCAACUCUGUCUUUCAAAAUAACAGAUAUGGUCACUCUGUGGUUGACUUGUCUUCUGUGUAAUUUGCUUUUGCCAUUUACACAAAUCAUCAUGAUGAUCCAUUAGCAGCAAGAUGGGAAUUACUGGAAUCAUAGCAGCAAGAUGGAAAUUACUGGAAUCAUAGCAGCAAUAUGGAAAUUACUGGAAUCAUAGCAGCAAUAUGGAAAUUACUGGAAUCAUAGCAGCAAUAUGGAAAUUACUGGAAUCAUAGUCUUUUUAACAUCUCUGCUUGUUGACAGUAGUGAAUACUUAGCUCGGAUGUCACACUUAAUGGCUCAUAGAUAUUGGGUUAAAAUGUUUUUUUGUAGCCAGCACAAAUUAGCUAGAAGCAAAGAAGUAUACCAAAACAAAAACAAUGUCAAUUUACUGUUAAAUGAAAUCAACUAAAACAGCAGACUACAGAAACAUUAGCACUAACGCUCAGUCCCUUCAUGGAACGAGGAUGAUCUUGGGAAGCUCUCUUGUACAAAUACUCACAGCCUUUAGGAUUUUGCAGUUGUUGACCUUUUUUGCCGCGCCAAACAUGUUCGAAAGAUGUGAGAUUAAACUCAUACUUAUCUCUGAAGGCCAUACACAGAUCAGAAAUAACUGCAGAUCCAACUGGAGUCUUGUGAAUGAAGUAUAUCUGUUUUUCCCAGAAACAAACAGCAGCCCAAAAUAAAUAUUAAUCAUCAUCUCCUAAUACGUAGUUGUGCCUGUAACUCCCUCAAUACAAUGUGUAGGGUAGAAACCAAGCUGUGUGAGAAAAGAAUAAAGUAAAUACAGGAGUGAAGCAAAUUUGUUGUUCUUGUUUGUGAUUUAGGUAUUUGCUGCUAAUCUGCCAUGAAAAUAUGUUCUGGCAAGAAAGCCCGUUUGAACUUUUUGAAAGCAAUGGCUUAAUGAUAGACCACUGUUGCACUGAGGAGAGAAAUGUACUAUCAGAUGUAUGAUUACUGAAUGGAAAUUUGUCAAAUUGGUAGCCCAGUUUUCUCACUGUAUCAAUGAAAAAAAUAAUAUUAAAUAGGCUCUGAUGCUUCCUAAAGUCACUAUCCAAUCCAAAGUCACUCCCCAGUGGCUCGAACUGAGUCAUCUACAGUGUCGGACAGCUCUGAGACAUGCAUGUAAUGAAAAUAGACCUUUGACCAGAUCAUCAUUGAUCUCUCACAGUCACACACAGUUUACAGUUGCUUGUGAAAAAAGUCACUUUUCCGCCCUCUCAUCGUCACGUCCGUCAGCUUAUCUCUUAAGGUUGAUUCAGCAGUGUGACAUUGCUACUAGAGCCAAGGAGAGCACGAAUAAAGAGACUGCACCUGCGCUUGCUGAUAGAACUAUGUUAUUGGCUAGCUCAUGUUGUUUGUUUGGAUCUACCGUCAGUGUCACAUCCGUACCUCUCCUCAAGUAAGGGGGCUGCAGAGCUGAACUGCUUGGUAUGAUAGACAUUGAUAGGAAACACUGUUGUAGAUAACAUUGUUCAUGUUUAGAACAUGUUCUGACAUGACAAAACUGACUGUACAGUUUUCUUUAUGCAUUUUGUGUGUUCUGGUUUAUGAGGGAAUUGUUUUGUAAGAAAAAAUUGAAUUAAAUAUAUUGUAAAAA